AUGGAGGAAUUCGCCAAAGCUCUGCUUGAGUCGCAAAAGCUCAUGCAAGAAAAAAUGCCCGAACAGCAACAAAUUAUCGUACAACUUCUUCAGCGUCAGCAACCUGGCGUCGGAGGUGAGCAGCAACUUAACCUUCCCGGCGACUCCAGUUCUCGCAGGAUCAAAGAUCUGACCGAUUCAAUGCUCCCAUUCGAGUACAACCCUGACGAAAACGCAGUCUUCGAGCAGUACUAUGCUCGAUACAAAUCGAUCUUUGAGGUCGAAAACAAUGAUCUUACCGACACCGCAAAAAUCCGAUUACUCCUAAAAAAAUUCAGCACUCCGGAUUUUCAGCGAUACGCAGAUUCGAUCCUACCAAAAAAGACCCACGAAAUCUCUUUUGCUGACACCAUUAAAUCACUGAAAAAGCUCUUUGGACAUCGACAGACAAAAUUUAGCCUUCGUCACAAAGUUUUCAGCCUUCAUAAGGAAGACAAUGAGGACUACAGCCAGUAUGCAGCUCGCAUUAAUAAACACGCCGAAAAAUUCGACAUCACCAGCUGCACCGCCGAUGACUUCAAAGUUCUGCUUUUUGUCAGUGGUCUGAAAAGCCCAAGAGUCACGCGUUCUCUCCUGACAAAAGUCGAGCACCAAUACGUACAAUUCGAAGCGCUCACCGACCAAGCUCAGAUCGCUGCUUUCGUAAAACUCCAGCUUGACGACCUGGACGAGUGCUAUCGCAUGCGAAGCCUGGAGAAGGAUAAAGAGACCGUCGUUGUAUCAUCUUCAGGAUCAGAAGUCCACGCAGUUCGUCAGGGCUACAACAAACAAAAGCAGUUUCCCAACAAGAGUUCGUCUCAGUUGAAUCCACAAUCGUCAUCGAGUUUCCACUCCAAUCAGGGACCUUGGAAAGCAGUUUCCCAACAAGAGUUCGUCUCAGUCUCAGAUAUCAACUCAGUCGACAUUCAGCGAAAAUUCAUUGAGCCGGACGUCAACGGCAAGAAACUCAAGCUGCAGUUCGACACAGCAUCAGACAUCACGAUAAUCUCAAAGUCGAAUUGGGCUCAUCUCGGAAGACCGACGCUUCAACCAGUUACAAAAGCAACCAAAAGUGCAUCGGGAGACUCGGUCCCAUUCCUUGGACUUUUCCCGUGCGUCGUCAAAUUCAAAGGUCGUGAGGAGUUCACCGAAUGCUACGUUUCAUCGCUUCAAGUCGACGGAAGCAACGAUCUCACCGCCGAGGUCAUCAAGAAGUUUCCAAUUCUCUUCUCAGCUGGACUUGGCCGAUGCAACACGACAAAAGCGUCCCUCGUGCUCAAAGAACAGGUGAAACCCAAAUUCUGCAAACCCCGAACAGUUCCAUUCGCAGCUCAGAACCAAGUCGCAACAGAACUUCAGCGACUCCAGCAUUUGAAAAUCCUCACCCCGUGCAAAUACUCCGAGUGGGCAGCGCCAAUUGUCGUUGUCAAGAAGAAAAACGGUAAACUACACAUCUGUGCAGACUACUCGACGGGCCUCAACGACAGCCUCGAGUUUGACAAACAUCCGUUACUAACUCCAGACAAAAUUUUCAUGCAUCUGGCCAGCAAGCAAACCUCCAGCAAAAUUGACUUGUCAGACGCCUUCUGGCAAUCAACCGACUUCAGCAGGGCGUUAAAACAGCUCCAGCAAUUUUCCAGCGACACCACUCUCAGCGGUACCAAUACAUUCGGUUUCAUUAAUGACAUGAUUACAGCCGGAAUCGACGAAAUAGAUCACAAAAGGCAACUCUUCGAGACACUUCAACGACUUCAGGACGCAGGAUUCAGACUUCAGGCCGAGAAGUGCGAGUUCGGAAAAUCUUCCGUCGAGUUUUGCGGUCAUAUUGUCGACAACAAAGGAAUCCGACCACAUCCUGACAAGCUGCAGCAAAUUCAGGACCUGCCAAGACCUCAAGACGUCUCGCAACUUCGAUCCUUCAUCGGCGCAGUCAAUUACUACGGAAAAUUCAUCAAGAGCAUGAAAGAACUACGCGGACCACUGGACAACCUCCUUUGCAAAGAUACGAAAUUUGAGUGGAAGGAGGAACACGAAAACGCUUUUAUCGAGCUCAAAAGAAUCCUCGCUUCAGAUCUCGUCUUGACUCACUACGACCCGAAGAAGAAGCUUGUACUGGCAUCCGACGCAUCAGCAUAUGGAACGGGAGCGACUCUCAUGCGGUUUCACGACGGAAAUCUUCACCCGAUAAUGUGCUGGUCGGGUACGUUCAACAAGCUGAAAAGGGCUACUCGCAAAUCGACAAGGAAGCGCGAGCGUUCAUCUUCGCUCUCAAGAAGGCUCACGUGUACAUCGCAAACCGACAUUUCACCGCUCAGAUCGAUCACAAGUCGUUACUGUGAAUCUUCGGAUCAAAACAAGGCAUCCCAGCUCACUCAGCAGCUCGACUCCAGCGAUUUGCCAUUGUCGCUCAAGCCUACGAUUUCGACAUUCAUUACGUGGACACUGACAGCUUCGGAUACGCCGAUGUCCUCUCGCGACUCAUAUCAAAUCAAAACAAAUCAAACGAAGACAUAG